CACGUUGCGUCAUUUUUUGUGGGGCCGCAGCCCUGACCGCAAAACCUCUGAUUGAUUGAUCGCAUUAGAGGCUUUGCAUCGUCUCUGUGCGGGUUGUAGCCUGAAUAGUAGUACCCAAAGCUCGUGUGCAUUGGUGUGGAGCUUCGUCAAGGUUCCAAACAGCGGAAGCGGCCUUCUGACUUGUGAGAAUUUUGCAGCAUGUCUGACUUGAGUGAGAGCAAAUCGGUGGGAAUAAACGUCUCGGAACAGCGUCUGAUAUGCCGCGUAUGCACCAGAAACUUCUCUCAGUAUACUUGUCCAAGAUGCAACAUCCGCUAUUGUUCUCUGCAAUGUUACAAGAAGCACAGCGUCCGGUGCACGGAGCAAUUUGCACGGGAGAAUGUUUUGGAGGAGAUGAAGGGCUUGAACGUUACCCCUGAGAGUAAACAGAGAAUGCUAGAAGCUUUGCAGCGUAUCCACUUUGAUGAUGAGGGCCGCAGUGUUUUUGAAGAUGAUUAUAUGCAAGUUCUGAAUGGGGAGGGCGAAGAACCAUCAGAAAUAGGCUUUGAUACGGAGGAGCUGUUGUCAGAGGAUACUCUUCAAAGUCUACAAGAAGGAGUUAGUAUAUCGUUCGAGGAUCUGUCAGCAUCAGAAAAGAAGGCCUUUAUGAGAGCUGUUGCUGCCGGUAAAUUCAGUCAUUUGAUAAAACCUUGGGAUCCUUGGUGGACUCAUCCUCUGGCACAUAAUAUAUCGUUGACUAAAUCCGGUAUGCAAUUGGUUCAGCCUCUUGAAGAGCAAACACCUAAGGAAGUAACUUCUUUGGACGAAGAGGCUCUAUCUGAUUCAGGCGGUGAGAUCUUGUCUGCCAGUUCCGAUAUUCCUUCACCAUUGGACACACCCUUGCAAGUAAUCAAAGACCUAACAGCUAAGCAACCAUCGCCCUUACUUGGUGUACAUUUGACCGAGGUCAUUUAUGGAUACUGUUUCACACUGCGUUUAUUCAAUGGCGAUUGGGGAUCAGAUCCGCUAGAUGCUGCUUUAGUUCUUUUAUGCAUUGCCAAGGUAUUAGGUGUCGGUUCAACUCCAGAGUCAGUAAGCGCUGCACUGGCAGGCUGUUUGGAAAGCGUUUGUUCGCCAUCUUUCAAGCACGCUGGAGGAUAUAGAUUUGGGAGCAGCCUCUUUGAUGACACUGCCCUUCUGCUUCGACUGAAAAGGGAAGGGAUACUAUGUGCAUUGGCAGAUGCCUAUCGGCUCAUCGAUUGUGCGGUAAAGGACCUGAAGACACACGUUAAAAACAAGGAGGGUUCUUCUACUGCAAUUUUGAAAGAGGGAUCCAGUUCGGCGCCACCCAAAUCAAGAGUGAAGCAUGAGAAAAAGGGCUACUCAAAACGUCGUAGUUCAAAUUCUAGAAGAUUACGAACGGCACAGAAAAAGCUUUACUUUAUGAUAUGUUGGGUAAAUGAACAGGCGAGUGAAAUUUUUGAUGACUUAGUUGGGCUUGUUCAAAAAGAGAAAAGUAUGCUGAUUGUUGAAGUUGGCACUAGGGAACUUGAGACUAUUUCAUCCAAUAAUGAAGUUAAAGUCAAGGAAGCUGCAAAAGAAGUAGCAACUCCCUCUCGAAAACUGCUAAUACAAGAGGUUGACUGAAAGAUUUCCUUAUAUGAAAAGCGGUAUAUUGGAUAUGGGAAACGUAAAAUGAAGCCAGGUGUGACAGAAAAUGUUGCAAAUUUGCAAGAACCUACUGCACGUUUUUUGAUUCAACUUGACGAGGAGAAGCAGGGGUCCAUUACAGAUCUCUCAAAUCUUUGACUUACACAACUAAAAGGCGCUCUCUAAACAGUGGCAUGGAGAGGAAGGUGCAUCAAACCCCCUUCGACCCUAUAUUUUGCAAAUCCCAGAUUUACAUCUGCCAACAACUAUUACCAUACUGAUGCACCUGUUCCACCUGCCAGGUUCCUUCAUAAACCAACACAAACUGAGGAAGUGUCUGAUUUAUAUGAAAAAUUAUUCUGAUUUUCUCGCACCAAAGGUUAAGCUCAUGACCAGCUUUUCAUGGUUUCAGGAAAGCUGCAGAGCAGCACACCCAUUUAUCUUAUCAACUGCCGUGGUGAUGCUCAUGGCUUCACGAGCACCAGGGCAAUGAGGGAACCAAGUAUUCCUGGUCCUUUUGUGAUCAUUGUGAGGUUUUUUUGAAAAUUAAAUACAGGUAAAUUAUAAAUAGGUUUGUGAACGUCAAAGUGAAGCUAGCAUGCAUGUUCAGUUCAAUCUCCACUAGAUUGAUAGUCUAUUUCCAACGUUUUCUUGGAAUUGCAACCGUUUUCUGGUCGUUUCUUAGUUAAGUAUUUGAAAUGUACAUUUUAUGUAGGUUGUGGUUCUCCUAGUACUGAGUUCUUAACGUUUUCUCCUUCAAUCAAUGAUGAAUAAUUUCUUGUUCA